CCGCGCCGCCACCCGCGCUCUUUCUCUCUGCUCACGACGCCGCCGUUGGGAGCCCUGCCCCGGGAGAGCCCCCAACCCUUAUCAAACCCUAAAUCAAAAACUACCCCAAAAAAAUCCGCAAAAAACCAGAAAAAUCCCAAAAAUCACCGCUUGAUUGGAGAUGGCGGCGCAAGGGCAGGCGGCGGCUGGAUCCGCGUCCGAGUCCGGCGGCUCACCGGCUGCCUCAGCUGCGGCGGCGGCCGCGUUCCCGGCGACUUCGCUCUACGUGGGUGACCUGCACGAGAGCGUGCAGGACGCGCAGCUCUUCGACGUCUUCAGCCAGGUCGGCGGCGUUGUCUCCGUGCGCGUCUGCAGGGACAUCAACUCCCGCAAGUCGCUAGGGUACGCCUACGUCAACUACAACAAUCCCGGCGACGCUGCACGGGCACUUGAACUGCUUAACUUCACUCCUAUCAAUGGAAAGCCUAUCAGGAUCAUGUAUUCUAACCGUGACCCCAGUUCGCGUAAAAGUGGUGCAGGAAAUAUAUUUAUUAAGAAUCUUGAUAAGUCAAUAGACAACAAAGCUUUAUAUGACACGUUCUGUGCAUUUGGGAAUAUCCUUUCAUGUAAAAUUGCAACAGACCCCUCAGGAGAAUCAAGGGGCUAUGGUUUCGUUCAGUUUGAGAGGGAUGAAUCUGCUCAGUCUGCUAUUGAUAAACUCAAUGGGAUGCUUAUCAAUGACAAGAAAGUGUAUGUUGGACCUUUUGUUCGCAAGCAGGACAGGGAGAAUGUUUCGAGCAAUUUCAAAUUCAGUAAUGUAUAUGUGAAGAAUCUGUUAGAUACUGUUACUGAUGAUGAGUUGAAGGAGAUGUUUGGAAAAUAUGGGUCCAUCACUAGUGCUGUUGUUAUGCGGGAUAGUGAUGGGAAAUCCAGGUGUUUUGGAUUUGUCAAUUUUGAAAAUGCUGAUGAUGCUGCUCAGGCUGUUCAAGAGUUGAAUGGCAAGAUAUUCAAUGAUAAGGAACUGUAUGUUGGAAGAGCACAGAAGAAGUCUGAAAGAGAGAUGGAGUUGAAGGAGAAAUUCGAAAAGAAUAUUCAAGAGGUAGCUGAGAAGUUCCAGAACACUAACUUGUAUCUGAAGAACUUAGAAGAUAACAUUGAUGAUGAGAAGUUGCGUGAACUCUUUGCUGAGUAUGGCAAUAUUACUUCUUGCAAGGUUAUGCGGGAUUCGAAUGGUGUCAGCAGAGGAUCUGGAUUUGUUGCUUUCAAAUCUGCUGAAGAUGCUAACCGAGCUCUUACAGAGAUGAAUGGCAAAAUGGUUGGGAGCAAGCCCCUUUAUGUAGCUCUUGCGCAGCGUAAAGAAGACAGAAAGGCAAAGCUACAGGCACAGUUUUCACAAAUGCGUCCAGUUGCGAUGGCGCCUUCAGUUGGUCCUCGCUUGCCCAUGUUUCCACCUGGUGUCCCUGGAGUUGGUCAACAGCUGUUUUAUGGUCAGCCACCUCCAGCCUUCAUAAACCCUCAGGCUGGAUUUGCCUUCCAGCAACCUCUGAUGCCUGGUAUGAGGCCGGGUGGUCCAAUGCCGAACUUUAUGAUGCCUAUGGUUCAGCAGGGACAGCAACCACAGCGUCCUGCUGGUAGGCGCGCUGGUGCUAGUGGAAUGCAGCAGCCCAUGCCAAUGGCUGGUCAGCAACAGAUGUUCCCUAGAGGUGGACGUGGGUACCGCUAUCCUACUGGCCGUGGAAUGCCUGAUCCUGGCAUGCAUAGUGUUGGUGCUGUGAUGCCAUCUCCAUAUGAGAUGGGAGGGGUGCCAAUGAGAGAUGCUGGUCUCUCGCAGCCGCAGCCUGUUCCAAUCGGGGCACUAGCCACUGCGCUUGCUAAUGCCCCACCAGAUCAGCAAAGACUGAUGCUUGGUGAGAACCUGUAUCCUCUUGUAGAACAGCUAGAGCGUGAGCAGGCUGCUAAGGUCACCGGCAUGCUUUUGGAGAUGGACCAAACGGAGGUUCUUCACCUGCUGGAGUCACCAGAUGCUCUCAAGGCCAAGGUUGCUGAAGCUAUGGAGGUCCUCCGCUCUGCCCAGCAUCUCCAGCAGAGCAAUGCCUCCCCCGAGCAGCAGCUGGCUAAUCUAUCACUGAAUGAUGGUGUUGUUUCCAGCUGAAUGUUUCUGAUGAUUUGGAAACUGCUCUCAAUUUUUGCUUGAUACCAUCCUAUCUAGAGUGCAAUGACUUUGUUUACUUGGCUUAUUGGAGAUUUAGCUGAUUAGCUGAACCAGAGGUGGGUUUAGUUUUGUUGCUAUUUUGGUUAUUUAUGGAUAUGUUGUUUUGUUGGAGCUGUUUUGUGACUGUUACUCGAUUUAUCACAGUUGUUUUAGAGCGUCA